CACUAGAGGACCCUUUUAAAUCCCCUCUCUACUUUUUAUUUCUCCACUGAAGCCAGGCUGCUCCCCCUCCCUCCCUGGAUUGCUUGCCUUCACUCACACCUCCUCCGCUGUUCUCAAAUACUAGUAAACCCGGUAGGUUAGCUACUGUCGGUCUGUCAGCCAAAGAUCCAGAUUCUAACCGGUUUGAUUUCAGUCCACAAUCCCACCAGAGGAGACAGCGGAAACGACACAGUGUGAAUUACAACUAACAAAAAUAACCAAGAGAGAACCCAACCACUUAAGAUAAAUGGCUGACAAGCAGAUCAGUUUGCCUGCCAAAUUGAUCAAUGGGGGGAUUGCUGGCCUAAUUGGAGUGACCUGUGUGUUUCCCAUUGACCUGGCCAAGACUCGCCUACAAAACCAGCAAAAUGGAUCACGCCUUUACACCAGCAUGUCAGAUUGCCUUAUUAAGACCAUCCGGUCAGAAGGGUAUUUUGGGAUGUACCGAGGAGCUGCGGUGAACUUAACGCUAGUCACGCCAGAGAAGGCCAUCAAAUUGGCUGCUAAUGACUUCUUCAGGCAUCACCUCUCAAAGGAUGGAAAACUCACUCUGUUCAAAGAGAUGCUGGCUGGGUGUGGGGCAGGUACAUGCCAGGUUAUUGUAACAACUCCUAUGGAGAUGUUGAAAAUCCAGCUCCAGGAUGCUGGAAGGAUUGCUGCUCAGAGGAAACUCAUGCCAGAGACGGUGGCAGCAGGUACCGUGGAGACAAAGUCCCCCACGGCUAUGCAGCUUACCAGACAAUUACUGAGUGAAAAAGGCAUUGCUGGACUUUAUAAAGGCCUUGGUGCCACAUUGCUCAGGGAUGUUCCUUUCUCCAUCAUCUAUUUCCCCCUUUUUGCCAACCUGAAUAACCUGGGAAAAAAAGACGCAGAGGGCCCAGCUCCUUUCUAUGUGUCGUUUAUAUCAGGCUGUGUAGCAGGAAGCACAGCGGCUGUUGCAGUCAACCCUGUUGAUGUUAUAAAGACCAGGCUGCAGUCACUGAACCGAGGGAGCACAGAGGACACAUACAGCGGAGUGACUGACUGUAUCAGGAAAAUCAUGCGCAAUGAGGGUCCAUCGGCCUUCCUGAAGGGAGCCUACUGUCGAGCCCUGGUCAUUGCACCUCUGUUUGGCAUUGCACAGAUGAUCUACUUCCUGGGUGUGGGUGAAUUUGUCCUCAGCCUCUUGCCUAAAAAAAACAACUAAAGAGCACAUUUUUUCUGCCAUUCCCUCCCAUGAUGGAUCACAUCAACUACAAGGAUUCAUCUUAUCCUGACACAAUUAUUUUGGGGGUGGGGUCAGUGCACGACAAGUUAUUUAGUUUUUGGUUAGUUGUGUUGAAUGUUUAGAGUUCAAGGGGAAGCCUUUGUAUGCCAAGCUGCCUGUGGUGACACAUUGAAUUCCAGUUGGCAGAUUCCACUUGCUCUCUGGAAAUGAAGCCACAUUUAUCAGUUCAGCAUUUUAAAGGAAUAUUGCAGCAACAUGUUUUUUUAUUAUUAUUAUUAUUUUUAACAAGAUUGUUAAAUUUGCAAAGUAUAUGGUUGCUGCAGGUUUGCAGGCCCUAUAGUACUUAAUUUUUAGACCAAAUUUUUAGACAUUAUAAACCCCCAGCAACCCAUCUGAAUUCACAAUUUAUGACUAUCCUAAAUUGAAAAUCAAAAGCACAUUCCUCACUUAAAUUUUUGGUAACUGUACGUCUGGUCGAAUACUUUCUCAGACUUUAUGUAUUUAAAGCUAAAAUACAUAGUAUUAGAGAAUAAUUCACUGUAUGAGCCCAGUUAAUGUGUUGAUGUGAUACCAGCACAAUCCCUAUGAUCUUUCCACUUCCCUUCCUGUACAGUAAGUGGUUGUAAUGAACUCACCCAUUCAGCUCUGAGCAGACUUUGAUUGCCUUGUCUUUUCAAGUAGAUCAGGUUCCACCCCAUAUUUAGUGCUACCACAAUGGUUUGACUGUUCUGCCUUCAUGAAAGAUGCCUCUGUUUCCUGGUUACACACCGACUGAAGCUACAGUUUUAGUGUUUGAACAUCAUGGAUUGCUGCAAACUACAUGUUUCCAUUGUUUGACCUGGAAUCACAAUCAGAAAAAACACAAAACAUUAUGCAUUUUUUGACUUUUAGAUCUUUAGAUAAGUAAAAAAAAAAAAAACAACACCACAAUAAGUGAGGUCACUACAGUUUUUUUUUUUUUUUUUUUUUUGCAUUUGUGCACGAUGGAAGAUGCCUGCUGUUACAUCACUGAUUGGACUGUAGGCUAAAGUGCAGCAUGCAGCAGCAGUUUUCUGCCGUGUGUUAUUUAUUGUGGAUUCAGAGGCAUUAGUUGCGAGCACGGACAGGUUGAAAGUAAUUUUUAUUUAUAAACCAAAUGAGUAAAGCUAACUAAUAAGUCAGACAUCUUGAGUUUCAGAAGGUGUUCUGAAACUCCUGAUCACAGUCAUCCAUUGUGGAGCGGAGUAUUUUCCCCUCUUAGAUACAGACAGGGUUAUUUUUGUUUACAGAUGAGUUCACACUCAAUUUUAAUGCUUUGUGCAAACUUGAAUUCAGUGGCAGGACCCAAAGAGCUUAUGAAAAAUCAUUCUUUAUCAGAAAAAUCAAACCACUGUGUUCUCAGUGUUGUACCAUUUUGACCAAACAUUUCUCCAUGUUUGCUUUAGAGGUUUUAUUUGCUUUAAGCUGUCAGGAAAAAACAGCCCUGCCGUAUCUUGUUUGUGCAUCACAGCAACACUGAAGCCCUGCCAUUGGUUUAUCUUGUCGGAGAUCAAGGUGACUUUGAUGUGGAUUAUCCAAUCACAUUCCUUCCUUGCUCCCGCUGGUCAAGCAGCUCUUUAAUUGUUCUGUUGCAACUGUGGAUACACAGUGCAACUUUUUGGUGUAAUAUCAUUUGUGGGAGUGAACUUUACUUAUCAUUCCUUUCUGGAGGCAGUAUAGCACUAUGUAUUUGUAUGUGUUGUUUUUUUUUUCUGUGUCAAACUGUCCACCUUAACUAUAUUGUACAUAUGCAGAUGAUAUCAAACUUUGUUUUAGGAUUUAUUGUUUGGUAAAUGAUGGCUUAUUUGCACACCUACCUCUCCACCUCCCCUCAUGAAUCCAAAUUGUAGUGAUUUUAUGUUAUGAUGAUGUGGACAUAUCACAUGAAGGAACAGAAAUGCAAAAAGCAUCAUUUAAUUUUAAAUGCAACAUAUUUUGGAGAUUUUUUUUAACUGUCUGCCAAGGGGAACACUAGUAUAGAUUUUCUUAGAUUGUUUUUCGGAGGCGCCAUUUCUCCUGAGCUGUUGGAUAAAUCUAUGUGCGAACCAGUUCCUUACUGCUGAAUCCCAGGACCAAAUGAAGAAUCUUAAUGUUCUUAGAAAUGUAGUUUCAAAUGAAUGAGUUAUAGCAGUGCUUGUGAAAAUGACAUGAAAUGUAAAACCACCCUAGACAAGCUCAACAGAGUUCAUGUUAAUGUAAAUCUGUCUGAAUGGUGCUCCUUCUAUGACGUAGUUGCAAUAUGACAGUGGCAGCACCAAGACCAAGGCUGCACUGCGUGAAUCACAUGCAAGCUCUUCUCAGCAUUGCCAGUGUCUUAACUGAAAGCCAUAAGUCAGAGAAGGACUGCUAGGCAUUGACUGGCAAUGAUGGCAGAUGACAGGCUGAGGUACAGGAAAUGGCAAAAAACAUAGACCCUCCUACUCUUGUGAGCUUGGCUUUAUAAAUUACUGUUGAAGUUUUUUUUUUUGUCUCUGACGUUCCAACUUGAUUUUGUAUAUGCAUAUGUAGUUAUUGUGAUCACAAUGCCUACGUUUGUGUUGCUGAGAGCAUUAUAACUUCUCACCUCUCACCCCUCCCUCAUUGUCUUUGUAUUGUUUUUUCUAUCUGUUUUUGGUUGAAUUUUGAAACAAGUGUCGUGCGAGUUGUUUUGUUUUUGCUCAGCUGUGAAUUUUCACCAACCUUGUGCAUUUGGUUAUGUAUGUGCGUGUGUGUCUGACAGUGUAGUGCUGUAGUUGAUGUGUAGUUGUUAAGAGUGACUCUACGGUAUAUUUCUCUUUGAUUGUCGAGCCCCCUGCUCUCUCCCUCUGUGUGUUUGUCACAAUCCUCUGCCAUUUACUCGAGCCAGCAUCCACCGCCGGGGUGCAGGCCAAUGGAGAGGAACUUACAAAACACCAAAAUGUUUAAUUUAAAGUGUACACAAUCAAAGAAAGCACAAAUUAUUAUUAGGCAUAAAAACUACAUGGCCCUCUGAAUACUUUUGGAAACUUAUAUGCUGAUUUAUGGACACAAAUUGUAGUAAUUAUUUCUGUAAAUCUUGAUUGAAAUAUGCUUUUUAGUGUUAGAAGAAAUGUUUAUCUAUGACUGUAAAACUUUAGGGCUGAGACAACAGGUCAUCAGAGACCCACACGAUGGUGUCCACUGUUACCCAUCAGCAGAUAGCCACAAAAAAUAUAUUGCCUACAUAUUCUAUAUAAAUCAAAUAUAAGAAUGUAACUUAGAUAUUAUGAGAUGUAUUAUAAUUAUGGUAAAGAUUUUAUUACAGUUUAAUCUAAAGAUUUGUGCUUUACAUGUUCACAGAAAAAUUCAUGAACCAGCUCACUGAUAUGCAAAAAGCAUAAGCCACACAGAAACACAUAGUAGAGGAAAAUCUGUUAACACUGAACACCACCAAGUAAUCACAACAUUACACAACCUAUGACUAAUGCAACUGGGAAGGUUGGAAGGCCUUUUGGGGUCUGAGCUCAUCUCACGUCCCUGUUCUCUUCCUCCAAGAGGAAUUGUGCAAUACAGCACUUUAAAACAAGGACCCACCCAACCUGCUAUUUACAAAGUCUCUCUAUGACAUAGAGGGUGUUUAUGAAUAUGUGUGGUGAAUGACACUGCUGUCCUGGACAUUAUUUGCAAUGCAAUUGAAAAAAAGGAAAAAAAAAAUUGUGUUCCUUGCCACAAUUUAUCGUUCAAUAAAGUGACUGUCCUUAAA